CUCCCUUAGGCCCUGAGCUUCCUCCUUCUGACAGCCAUGCCCUGCGCACUGGGGAUGCCCUCCUGCAAAGAGGGGGAGUUCCCGAUGGGGGCCAUGUGCUGCCCCAAGUGCAGACCAGGCUACCGGGUGCAGGAGGCCUGCGGGGAGUUCAGGGGCACAAUGUGUGUGGCCUGCACGCCGGGCACCUACACUGCCCACCUCAACGGCCUGCCCGAGUGUCUGCCGUGCCGCGUCUGUGACCCAGGCCUGGGCCAGGUGACCAGACGGAAGUGCUCCGCCCAGACCAACACCGUGUGCGGCUGCGGGCGCGGCCACUUCUGUGAGAAACAGGACGGGGACUCCUGCGUCCAGUGCAGGCCCCACAGCAUCUGCCGCCCGGGCCAGAGGCUGCGGGAGACAGGCACCGAGUGGCAGGACACGCUGUGUGAAGACUGCCAGCCGGGCACCUUCUCUGCGGGGGGCACCCAGGCAGCCUGCACGCCCUGGACCAGGUAGGUGACCCGGGUCCCAGGAGGCGCUGCCAGGGCCCCCUGGGAGAUAAGGGCCCCCCAUCGGGGAGACAGUGACCCCCCAGCUGCCCCGCUGACCCUGUGGCUCCCACACCGCUGCCACCUCAGCCCAUGGCCCGGUGUGCACAUCCCAGAUGCCGGGCUCAGGGCGGUGCGGUCAGAGACCCACCCUGUGUUCCGGGGUGUCCCCAGGUGUCAGGGCUGAGGUGUCCUGCCA